AUGAAGGUGCAAGAGACGGUCCGAACGAGCGUAGUCAGCCAGCGAGCACAGGACUUCGAUCCCGACCGCUGCUGGGACGAGCGGGUGCUCAAGAAAUAUUUGGAAGAGUGCACCGACUACGAGCAGCGGCGACGCCUGCGCGCGCGCAUACGCACACUCAUGGCCGAGCAGGAAGCAUGCGCGACCGCCGUGACGGAAGCGCUGGCGGCGGCCGGCGAAGCGCCUACGGACUCCGAAGCGCGCGGUGAGUCUCUUCUACUCCCGUUGCUACAGGGCCUCCUCGGCGGCGGCGGUGAGCGCCUGCUCGCCGGGCUCGGCGCGGCCAGCGCUGACGUCGUCGCCGACGUGCGCCGCUCCCUGGGCCGCCUGCGGGCAGCCCUAGCCCCGCCCGCGGCGCACCCGCAAGCACGCGCACUCCUCAACCUCACUGAACGUCUAGAAGAAGCCCUCGACGCCGCUGACCGCCUCGAUGGCUGCAAAAAACGCCAUCGACGCCGAUCACGCGCCGCCAGACACACCGUCGGCGUUACCCACGAGGAACUCGAAGAAGCGCGCCGAAUGGUAGAUAGAGAUCAGCUGGCACUCGCGCCCGAACCGACCACCUCUGCUUUGCCUUCCAGCACCGCGUCGACGGCCUCCGUGCCUAGCGUGGAUACCUCGACUCCCGAGCGGCGACAGAGCGUCGAUGAAGAAGUGAGUUUCCAUGAAGCGGUGCCGGCGCAGCAGAAGCGAGCGCCUAUCGCGCACUCGGUCAGCUACGAGUCCGCACCCGUCAGUCGCGACGCGCAGGUAGUCGAACGCCGCGCGUCUGGACCCGUUAGUCACGAAGAACAGGUAGUUGAACGCCGAAGUUCUGGUCCACGUAAACCGGAAUUCCACCGUCACUCUAUCGCUGACAAGCCGAAACCAGUCCAGGCGCCAGCGCCCGCACCCGCGCCUGCUCCUGUCGCCGCUCCUCCUCAGCCGCGACCUCUGUCCAACACUAAGAGCGGUAUAGCUAGAAUAGCCAAUAAGUUCAACGCCCAGAUAGAACGAGAAGCACCGCCGCCCAUCCGCCGUGUUCCGAAAAGGCAACCGCAACCAAUAACCGCACCAACCAUGCAGACGCGUCCUCAGCCGGAAGAACGAGCAUACCGUGCUCCUCUCUAUAAACCUCUUCCUCCAACGUACAACUUUGCAGCACCGCCGCCCGCUGAAGACUUUUCUAAACCUCUGAACAGGUUCAGCGGCAAUAAGAAGCUGCGUAUGAAGCGUGCCAAUACCAUAGACAUCGGUAAACCACUCGGUGGAUAUCGGCUCGAUAGCGACACGGAUGAAGACGCGCCACGACGCGGCCCAGUCGUGCCCGAGUUCAGCCCACAAACAGAUAAUGACAGGAAAUUCUUAGCUUUCAUGAAAAAGAACGAAGGAAAUGAAAAUGGGCAUGUAAAUUGGAGCAAUAGGUUCGGUAACAUUAAAAACACCUUCGAGAAUCGUGAGGACCGCAGCAGGUCCUCCAGCUCGUCCUCUGCCAAGCGUUUCUGGCAGACGACGGAAGAGGCUCCAUCCCCUCAAGUCAGACCUAGGAAGGUGUUAGGUGACUUUAACUCGGAUAGACCCCGUGUACCCUGGGCGGCUGAACGUAGGGAUAUAUCCCCGCAAGUCCCACAUUCAUAUCCGCCUCUCCCGCAGGCACCACCGAAACAGUCUCACUACGCCCCGCCCCUGCACCACCAGACUCCACCCACAAACCACCACGUCCCACCUGUAAAUUACCAACCCCUACCACCGCACCAACACCACCACCCUCCUCCCCCGCAUCACCAAACCCCGCCGCCUAAGCCUGUGCAUCACCCACCCAUACCCCAAUCCCCAACGAAACCUAUCGCCAAACCAUUCGUCGCCAAACCGAUCCCCGUCAAUCAGUUCUCGCACGCCCCAAUGUCCGCGUUCAAACCUCCUAAAAAGAUCACAUCUCCGGUGUCGGCACCGGCCCUUGUAUGGGUUCCACCGUCGGCCAACCAGCCACCAGUCCUGUCUCCUACAAGCGACACUACACCCUACAGACCCAAGCAGGCGCCGAGCCCGCCCGCACCCACCGCGCCCUGGGUCCAGGCAGUCGAGAACAAACCGCGCAGAGUGCUCAGCCUCGCUGCCAAUAAAUUUGAAAACCCCUCUCCUCGCGCGAUUCAAAUGUCCCCUCAAAGAGAUAGGCCCUACGCCUUUAACCCGCCCACACCGCCGACUUACGCGCCCCCGCCCACACAAAACUACCCGGUCAAAGCUAUCCCGAGCCAGAACGACCUGGCCGCUCCGGGUCUCGUCCAUCGCCUCGACAACCGCCCGUACGAGGACAACUAUGUGCCUAAGGUGGACGCUCAAAAAUUGCAGAUAGAGUUUUACGAGAAACAGAUCCGCGAGAAGAAGCUUAGGGAAUCGAUGAGCAAUGGGCACUACAAGCCGCAAUCACAAACCCAGGUACAACCGCCUCCAUAUACCGUGACCGACUUCACGCCCGCUAAUGUAGUUUCAACGUUCGUGCCGCUCCAGCAGACGCCGGAUAUAGAAAAGGCCCGGGCACAUAAAGUAGACUACUUGCCCGAUGUCGUGCUAAACGAGGCCCAUGAGCCCGCUCCCGCGCCCGCUGCGCCCCGGCAUAGCUCCUACGCACAGAAACCGAGAAGUCCAUACACACACAGCCAGCAGAACGGCACCCACAACGGCGACGUUGCUUACACAAACGGGCACGGGCUCGACGAAGAAACCACAGAGCACAGCAGCGUAGUGACUCGCGUGAUGCGCGGCCCGGUCGGGCAGACCGCCACCGUGACCGCCGGCGCGCGCACCCGCCACGACCCGCGCGGGCACGCGCCGCACGCCAGCGCCGCCGACAGCCUCAAGAACUCCCUCGACAAGAUCCCGCGCCAGCCGCGGCGGGACAGCCGCGCGCAGAGGAAGAGGAAGUAACGACUGAGAUAUCGAGCGUGCGGAGGGACUCCUCAGAGAAAACCGUUAGCAGUAGCACCACCACUACAACUUCUAAAGUGAUCGAGAGCAUGACGCGGCCGGCUCCCAAGCCCGUGUCGCCGUUCGCCAAGUUCCGACAGCUUGAGAAGCAGAA